GUUAUCGCUCUCACGUCUCACCUCCAUUCCCUCCAACACGUCUUUGCAUUCAUCAUAGACAUUCGUUCACCACUAUAGUUAAGGGGCAUCUCAGGCCACCAUAGAGACGCCCUCACGUCUUACGGCGUGAUUGGCGGGACUCUGCUAUCGAUCCCGCCGCUAAGACCAUCUUAUCUCUACGACCGCCGCAACCAUGCCAGAGCACAAAGACUGGUUCAUCUCACUCACUCCCGAGGCAGCAUCCGGUAUCAAUAACGCUCUUAUCCGAAGGAUCACUCUCGACUGUCUUACGCAACUGCAUGACCGCCGAACUGAUAUUCUGUUUGCAAAGGACGCCGAUGCCAAGAAAGAAAGAUCUAUUGACUAUGGAUUGAUCCUUGGUCGCAAGGCUAGCGCUUUGGAGAUUCGAGAGGAUUCAGGCGACUUCAACAUCUCUUCGAUCUCGCGCGCUCAUGCUCGUCUCAACGUCACCCACAAGGGUCACGUUUACCUCACCGACUUGGGCUCGCGACAUGGAACCACCAUUUUGCACGCCGAUCGCGCCUCAGAUGCCAAUUAUAAGCUUUUGAACGGCCGCAAAAUGUCAAUACUCCCUUUCGCCCCUGUCCAGCUACUUGACGGCGAUGUCAUCACUCUUGGUCGAUCCAUCACAACCGCCACUGGCAUUCUGGAGCCACUUCGAUUGACAAUCCAUUUCCGAUGUCCUCAAUUCGGAGAGCCUCGCGCCCCCAACGGUCGGAAAUCAAUGGGGGUGGUCGAAAAGGCUUGGGCUUUGAGACAUUUCGCGGAGACUACUAAUACCAUCAUUGGCGUCUCGAGCAAAGUUCGUCGAUACAUCGCACAGACUGAAGGCACACGACAGGAGCCAGUAUGCCUGUCAGACUCGGGUAUAGAGAUGAAAGCAGAAGUCAAGGCCGAAGACGCCAUUUCGGUGGCGGACUCGGAAGACGAUCCUGCAUUCUGGGGAGAAGCUAUGCGCGCAACUCAGCAUGUCGAACUGGUCUCUGUCGAUGGAGUGUCUGCAGGCGAAUCUUCAGAUCAAGAGCGAUCUCAUGCAGGAUAUGGUGUUCCUCCUUCCAUCCUCUAUCAGAGCGAGUUGGACGAAGACCUUCCUCGUUCUCGUGCGAGCGAAGAUGCUGAAGACAAAGUCAUCCGUGUCACUUUGAUCCAAUCAGAACCGGUGGUAGAAGCUCCGAUUAUCGAGCUCCCUGUCGAGGUAGUGCCUAUCGUUUUGGAGCGACCUCAAGAAGACCAGGAUAUCAGCGCAUACGAUGCCGCUUCUCCCAUGGCUGACGCCGGGGACGAUCCUGAGUCCGAUGCCGCACGUGUCAAUGCCAGCUCACCUCAAGCCGUUGAAGUCGAUCAAUAUGAUUCUGCUGACGGUCGUUCACUUUCGCACGGAUCGAGUGCCGGAGACGAUUAUAUCAGUGACGAUGAUGAACUGCACAGUGAAGCAGAUGAGGAGAUGGAAGACGAAUACGAAGAUGAAAUCCCUUCGGAAGUCUCCUGGCUAGACAGCCCUAUCAGUGACAGUUUGCUCUAUGGAUCCGAUGUCACAUCCGCUGAAUCUCGCAUCUCUGAUGGAUCAGUGUCCGAUCAAUCCCAUGCCGACUCGCUUGGGCCUUUGCAACCCGCAUCAAACGUUUCCGAUCCCUCUGGUCUCGAAGCGCCCAUCCGAUCCGCUGCCCGACAACCCUGUGCGGCUGUGGGUCUCGGCGAUCUUCUUCUUGAGACUGCGGACCAUCAUGGAUCCAAUUAUGUCUCGCAGUUCGAACAAGCACAAGCAGCCUCGGUCGAAAAUGGUGGACCUGACGUCGAUCCAGAACACAUAGUCGACGAUCACGCGUCUGAAGCGGACAAGUAUGGAGACAAUUUCGAAGGGGUAGGGGGCAGGUGCUCUGAAGAUCACGCCGGUGAUAUCAUGGACAGUGUUCAGAACCUUUACGAAAGCUUAUUUGGCAUGGCUUCAGACGAUCACGCUCCCCAAGGACGUACCUCGAGAAGGAAUUCCGUAAGCAGCAGCCACCGCCGGAACAUAAUCAGAAACCGCGUACUGUCCGACUUGCCAUGUGACACAGACAUGACUUAUGCCGCCCAUCGUCCACAGGGAUCUGUCCGAAAUGACAACACUCUUACCGGCGUCACUGGGGCAGCAUCAGUCGAUGUCGAUACACACCCGCCCAGGGAAGGUCUCAACCUUUUAAUCAUGCUCCUCAUUGAGCAGAAGCAUCGUGAUGAAGCGGAACGAGUGCUCGGAUACCAUAAGCCAAAUGGGAUUCAACCUGAUUUAUUUGAUGGUCUCCUCGCCGCCAACCCAUCCGACCGCCCGAUACUCAUCAGCGACCUGGUCACAAUGGUCAGGAAGCUCGUUCGAGGGGCUGCUGAGCCCGGUCCCAAUCAAGAAGCGUAUAUCAAUCAAAUGAAAGCUGCAUGGAGACGAUGGGACAUGAGCCGGAACUCCUACCCUGAAAUUGCAGACACUGUGGAACGCUUCGGGGAUAGCAAACCUGAUGAAAGCAAAUCUAUCAAAUUGCUCUUGCGGCGAUACAGGAGCGUUUCGGCGCCCCAACGACAUAUCCGACGUGACUCGUUUGACGAAUCUUCCGACGGCCCCAUCACGCCUGAAAAUCGGAAAAGAUCUCUAGAGUCGGACGAAGAACAGGUCCAUAUCGUCCAAGGAUCGUCCUUCGCAAGCCCCAGCAUCACGCCUCCUCCAGCCAAAGUCGCCAAGCUGACCCUUGGCUCUACGCCUAAUCCCGCUCCUGCUCCUGGUCCACAGAGUACACUCGGCGCAACGCUCAAAGGGAUGAUGCUUGGCGUUGCGUUGGGCUCUGUCGGAACCAUCGUGGCUCUCAUGCAGAUUGCUGAUCAGUAGGAACCUUUGCGAGCCCCAUCACGACAUUGUACGAUUAUUUUUCUGUACCACCUUUUCGAAAAUGACGACCGAGCGAUCAGUUGUCAUCCUAUUCGGCUUCUUACCCUUGUACUCCUCUUCCCGUUGUGCUAUCUCCCUUGAGACCAUACUCCAUCGUAUCUUUGUACCAUUCCUCACUCUUUGAGCGUUGUGUUCCUAAAGUCAAAUUUCCGUUUUGCAUGUAUCUACACAAAAUGAAGAGACUCGGCCGCGAUUCCGUUCGAGGCACCCGCUAGACAGUCGGACGGCUCAGUAAUGACAUUACAGAUGACGG